CGUCCCCCCCCACUCACCCCCCCAACCCCACCAUCUGAGUCUCACCACUUUUGUUCUUAAGAGGCCGAGGUGCGCCAAUUCUUGUCAUCGACAGCAUCAUCGCCAGACUCAGCGUCGAGAGUUAUCGUCAUCUUCCCCCAUCCACAUCGGGAGGUCUGCUCUCGGCCUCUCCCACCUCUCCCGCCUCUUAAUCACCCUUCCAUACUCCUCAAUUCUCUUCAGUCCCCUCGCAUCACAGCACCAGAAUCGCCCAUCAUGACCGUCCAAGUCUUCGCCAUCCCCGUCUUCUUCGUCGUCUUCCGAGAGUGCCUGGAGACCGCCGUCAUCGUCUCCGUCCUGCUGGCCUUCUUGAAGCAGACCCUCGAUGGCCCCAAUCGAGACAUGGUCGUCUACAAGAAACUCGUCAAACAGGUCUGGUAUGGCACCUUCGGUGGUCUUCUAAUCUGUCUGAUCAUCGGCGGCGGCUUGAUCGGGGCCUUCUAUAGCCUGGGGAGGGAUAAAUGGGCAAGCACCGAGUACUAUUGGGAGGGCUCCUUCGCAAUUGUUGCCACCGUCAUCAUUACUAUCCUUGGGGCUGCCCUUCUCCGCGUCUCCAAGAUGCAGGAGAAAUGGCGGGUCAAGCUUGCGAAGAGCUUGGAGGAGAAAACUGUGACCGCCGUCCGCAGGAAGGGGGCCUUCAAGCGAUGGUGUGAGAAAUAUGCCAUGUUCCUUCUCCCAUUCAUCACCGUUCUCCGAGAAGGCCUGGAAGCCGUCGUCUUCAUUGCCGGCGUCUCCUUUUCCGCGCCGGCCAGCGCUGUGCCCCUUCCCGUUGUGGUUGGGUUGAUCGCCGGAGCUGCUGUCGGAUAUGUGAUCUACAAGGGUGGCGCGACAUCCAAACUUCAAUACUUCCUCAUCGUCUCUACCUGCUUCCUAUACUUGGUGGCUGCUGGUCUCUUUUCCAGAGCCGUCUGGUUCUUCCAGGCCCAGAAAUGGAAUGAUGCCACUGGAGGCGAUGCAGCCGAGACCGGAUCUGGCCCGGGAUCAUACGACAUCGACCAGAGCGUAUGGCACAUCAAUUUCGGUAACCCAGAGCUGAACGGAGGUGGUGGAUGGGGUAUCUUCAACGCCCUUCUCGGCUGGCAGAACUCUGCAACCUACGGCUCUGUGAUCUCGUACAACUGCUACUGGAUUGUCGUCAUCGGAGGCUUCUUCCUGAUGCGAUACAAAGAAACAACAGGCCACCUCCCAUUCAUGAAGGCCAAGCCUAUUGAAGACGAGGAGUCUAAUGAUGGGUCUAUCAAAGUAGAGAGCAAUGCUAGCAGCGGGCUCUUCGAAAGUAAUAGCCAGGACAAGACAGCAAGAGAAAAAACAUUAGGGAUACAUGCCGUCCCAACGGCCGGCACAAGUUCGGAAUAA